AUGUCGCAGGCAGUGGGGGGGACAGUGGCCGGCUCACAUCCAGUAAUCCACCACUUCGCCCCGUUGCUGUUCAAUCAACAUGUGUUGAUUCGGACAGACAACAGAGCAGCGGUGGCAUACAUAAAUCGCCAGGGAGGCGUACGAUCAGCGCAGCUGCUGAGCACAGCCAGGCGGCUGCUGUGCUGGGCGCAAACACACGUACUCUCUAUCAGAGCGGUGUAUAUUCCCGGCGUGUUGAACAGAGGGGCGGACCUCAUGUCCAGAGGAGGUCCUCGCCAAGGGGACUGGAGCCUCCACCCCGAAUUGGUCUCCCAGGUAUGGAGCAGGUUCGGGAGAGCGGAGGUGGAUCUGUUCGCUGCACGCGAGAACGCGCAGUGUGCCCUCUGGUUCUCCCUGAGAACGCAGGACCACCCCCCCCCUGGGCGUGGACGCGUUCGCACACAGGCCGUGGCCAAAGGUGUUGUUAUACGCUUUCCCACCAGUCCCUCUGAUCCCUCGGUUCCUGGACCGAGUGCAGGAGGAGAGACUGACAGCGAUUUUAAUAGCACCGGAACGCACGGAAGCGUCCUGGUUUCCAUGCCUACAGCGGAUGCUGUCAGGGAGGCCGUGGGAAAUUCCGUGGCGCAGGGACGCUCUCUCCCAGGUGGAGGGAGCGAUCAGCGGUCACCCAGUAUUGGGCCACCGUUUGUGGGCAUGGCCCCUGAACGGGAACAUUUAGAGGGGAUGGGCCUCUCUAAAAAUGUUAUCAGUACCAUUCAGGGUUCAAGGGCGGCGUCCACCAGAGCAUCCUACACAGCCAAAUGGGCAGCGUUCCAGCGCUGGUGUGUAGGGAAAAGCCUGGACCCCGUUACGUGCCCCCUGCCUCACGUGCUGUCGUUCCUCCAGACCUUACUAGACAGGAAUUUGGCUUAUAGCACGGUCAAAACGUACGCUGCUGCCAUCUCAUCUUGCCACGUAGGGUUUGGUGUCAGUACGGUGUUUAGUCACCCUCUGACAACACGCUUUCUACGGGGAGUACAGAGACUCAGACUGGUGUCACGCGCUUUGGCGCCUCAAUGGGAUUUGGCGUUGGUGUUACGCGCACUGAGUAAAGCUCCAUUCGAACCUUUAAAUCAGGUCCCCCUGAAGUUCUUGUCAGCCAAAGUAGCUCUGCUCUUGGCCCUAACAUCAGCUAAAAGGGCGAGUGAUUUGUCUGCUCUCUCUGUGGCUCCGUCAUGCCUCCAGAUCCAAGGAGAUGGCAGCUCAGCUGUUUUGCGCCCUAACCCGGCUUUUAUGCCAAAGGUUAUCACAAGCUCUUUUAGAUUGAGAGUGAUAACUUUGGAUGGUUUCUUCCCUCCUCCUCACUCAUCGGAGGAAGAAGCCACAUCUCAUCUCCUCUGUCCCGUACGUGCGCUGUCAUGCUAUAUUGCACGCACAGCCACAUUGCGUAGGUCCCAGCGCCUGUUUGUGCAUCACAGAGAGCACUCAAUAGGGCAGCCUCUGUCUGCACAGCGCCUGUCACACUGGUUGUGUGAGGCUGUGUCACAGGCGUAUGUCUCCUCUGGGGAGGAUCCCCCGGAAAACAUCAAAGCGCACAGCAUCAGAGGAAUUUCAACCUCUACGGCUUUGCACGGAGGAAUGACAGUGGAAGACAUUUGCAGUGCGGCAUCUUGGUCUUCCCCCUGUUCUUUUAUUCGUUUUUAUUUGAGGGAUGUCUCCCAUUCCUCUCUUACUCAUUCAGUACUCAGUGUCCUGUCAGAUUGAGUAAUGUCAGAGACUGAACGGUGUGCCC